AUGGCGAAAAACAACACACGAGUGGAAGCGGUAGAACAACAGCUGGGGACGAUGGAAGACCAGAUGAAAUCAAUGGAGCAGCACGUGGCGAGUCUAUUCGGAGGACAACAAUCGCUACGAACGGAGUUAACGACAGAAAUUGAGGAGAAAAUUGCAGAAGCUACUCGGAAAUCGGAGUCACGGUGUGAUGAGAUGGCCAAACGGUUCGAUGAAUUAGGGCGUAUUAUGGCAGGGAUGCGUGGUAAGGACUCGACCGGCAAUGGCGGUUCACCAGCUAACACCACUGCGGCGGCGGCGCGUGGCCGUCCAGAAGCCAGCAUGCCUUACACUAUAUCGAUGCACCGACAAGGGGGCGAAUCGCACAAUUACGGAGGAAAUUUCAAUGCGGUUCAGAAGAAAUAUUUUUCGAUUAAUCGGAUGGCGGACCACGAACGUAUUGUGUGGGCAUCAAUGCACAUGGAAGGUAAGGCAGACCAUUGGUUUGCCGAUUACUUGGAGGGUAGAGAUCCGGUUGAUUGGCACACGUUUGUGGAAAUGGUUCUGGAAAGGUUUUGUGAGGAAGAAGAGGAGAGUUUGGUAGAGACUUUCAACAAACUGAAACAGGAACACUCAGUGGAUGCAUAUAGGGAUAAAUUUGAAGAACUCAAGGCGUUCAUGUUGCACACGAAUCGAACUCUAUCGGAGGCAUAUUUCAUUAACAGUUUCAUCAGUGGUUUGAAGGAUGAAAUCAAGAGUAUGGUGAGGCUGCUCAAACCUCAGACGUUGAAGGAGGCAAUGAGCAAGGCAAAGUUGCAAGAGAAGGCCAUAGAGCAAUUGAAUAAGAGUUUAAGGCAAAUGCAGAAGAACAAUGGGCUGGUAAACUCUACUCGUACUAAUAAAAGUAUAUAUAAUGAUUUUUCAGCAAAACAAAAUCCUCUAGUAGAAGAGAAAUCAACACAGGUGAAGAGACUCUCUACUGCAGAAUGGGAAGAAAGGAAGAAGAAGGGUCUUUGCUUCAACUGUGAUGAGAAGUUCACUUAUGGUCAUAAGUGCAAAAAACUCUUUAUGUUUCUGGGUGAAGAAUUACAAGAGGAAUCCAGUGGAAGUGAAACCAUGAGGGAGGAUAGAGAAGAGGAAUUGGAGCUGUAUAAGAUUUCAGUGUAUGCUUUGGCUGGCCAAGUGUCUCCUACUACCAUCAAAUUGGUGGGAAUGGUGAAUAGACAGCCUAUUUCUAUUCUUGUAGAUACUGGCAGCACCCAUACUUUUUUAGAUCCCAAUACUGCCAAGAGGUUGAAAUGCAUACUUGAGCCAACCUCCCAGUGGAAAGUUUCUGUAGCAGAUGGAAGGAAGGUCUUUAGCAAGUACAAAUGCUCACAGUUCAAAUGGACUGUAGGUCAACACCAUUUUCAGGCUGGAGUUAGACUAUUGGAGCUUGGGGGUUGUGAUUUAGUGAUUGGGGUGGAUCUUUUGAGGCAUUUACAACCUAUUACUUUCCAUUUCUCCAAGCAAAGAAUCACUGCACACUUGAAUGGACAGCCCAUUAUCUUGCAAGGUCCUCAGCCAGCAGUGUCUAUGCAAGCCAUUUCUGGGGAAAAGAUGGAAACCUUGAUUAAGAAAGGCAAGGUUAUGAUUGGGUGUAUUUGUAUGAUAGCUGGGAUGGAUGGUGAGGAUCCAAGAGCCUCUAUUACUGAAGCACUCACUGGGGUUUUGCAAGAGUUCUCAGACAUCUUUCAAGAACCUACUUCCCUACCACCUAAUAGAGGUUGUGAACAUUCAAUCACCAUUAAACCAGAGAUGCAGCCAUUUAAGAUGCAGCCUUAUAGAUACCCUUAUAUUCAGAGGAGAGAGAUUGAGACAAUGGUAGAGGAAAUGUUGAAAAGUGGCAUUAUUCAGCACAGCAAUAACCCUUUCUCUUCACCUGUACUACUGGUCAAGAAAAAAGAUGGCACAUGGAGAUUCUGCAUUGAUUAUAGGAAGUUGAAUUCCAUUACUGUCAAAGAUGGAUAUCCAAUCCCUAUCAUAGAUGACUUACUGGAUGAACUGCAAGGAGCUAGGAUCUUUUCUAAGAUUGAUCUUAGAGCUGGCUAUCACCAAAUCAGGGUGAGGCAAGAGGAUAUCCAUAAAACUGCCUUUGUAACAGCUUCUGGCCAUUAUGAGUUUAAAGUCAUGCCCUUUGGAUUGACUAAUGCACCUGCCACUUUUCAGUCUUUAAUGAAUGAAAUUUUUAGAGCUUAUCUAAGGGAAUUCAUACUGGUUUUUUUUGAUGAUAUAUUAGUCUAUAGCAAGGAUCUCAGCACUCACAUUCAGCAUCUUCACACCACAAUGACUAUACUGAGACAGCAUCAACUCUAUGCUAAAUCCUCCAAAUGCAGCUUUGGGCAGCAGCAAAUUGAGUAUUUGGGGCACAUUAUUACUGCUGAUGGGGUAGGUGUUGAUCCUAGAAAGAUUAAUGGAGUUAAGGAUUGGCCUCAACCUGCCAAUGUCAAAGCUCUUAGGGGGUUUUUAGGCUUGACUGGUUACUAUAGAAAAUUUGUCAAGCACUAUGGUAUCAUUGCUAAACCCCUCACUGAUCUCUUGAGGAAGGGUCAGUUUGAGUGGAGUGAAGCAGCUACUUUGGCAUUUGAUCAGCUGAAACAAGCUAUGUCUACUACUCCUAUAUUGCAGCUCCCUAAUUUUUCUAAAGUCUUCAUUGUUGAGACAGAUGCUUGUGAUUCAGGUAUUGGAGAUGUUCUGAUGCAAGAGGGCCAUCCUUUGGCCUUUCUCAGUAAAGCCUUAGGCCCUAAAAGUUUGGGACUUUCUGUAUAUGAGAAGUUCUUGGCAAUUCUGUUAGCUGUUCAAAAGUGGAGAGAUUACCUGGUUCAUGCCACUUUUGUUAUCAGAACUGACCAAAGGAGCCUCAAGUAUUUACUUGAGCAGAAGAUCACCACCCCUAUUCAGCAGAAAUAUUUGGCUAAACUUCUGGGCUUUAGUUACAAAAUUGAGUACAAAAGGGGUUGUGAGAAUCAAGAAGCUGAUGCCUUAUCCAGAGAGAUGUGGAGUGUUCUUCUCAGG